UCUCUAUCUAGCAAAUCGGACGAAGAAGAAUCAGAAGUUCUGAACCAAUCUCUCUCUACUCUCUCUCUCUCUCUCUCUGUAUAUAUAUAUAUAUUUAUACAGAGACUUUACUCUCUCUUUGAUCUCGCUCUAGCUUUCUCUCUCAUCUGUGGCGCCUUCGCGAUAAACAGAUGAACAAGUAGGUUUUGGAACUUCCUCUAGGAGAAAUUCACUUGGAGGUACAAGUGAAAGCAAUAUUUGUUAUCUUUGUUGAUUUAUGUGGUCUAUUUGAUUAUGGGGUCCGCUUGUUGUGUGGCUGCUAGAGACAGAACUAUAACAAAUGGACCAAGCAACGAGGUUUCACAAAGGAAUGUUAGAUAUUCACCAUCAUGGAGCUUUCGUUGGGAUAACCGAGGACGAGUAGCAGGGGAAGAGACUUCUGUGAAUUGGCUUUCUGAUGGAGCCAGCAGGAAAAAUGAUAGAUUGGACAUUAAAUAUGGAACGACAGUAGAAACUACAUAUGCAUCAGAAGAAGGAAGUCCAUUAGACAGCUUUCGGACACUGACGUGGCAGAAGUCUCCAAUCUCUGAAAGAAAUUCUGGAAUUUUGAGGCUUCCUUCAUCAGAUCAAUCAAAUUCUAAAAAUUUUCCUACAGAGGCAAAGGAGUCAACAGAAUCCCCUGCAGCUUCAGAUCUGUCUCCCACGAAACUGUCACCUUCGGUGCAUUCAAUUUCAUCAUUGUCUACAUCCCCUUUGUCAUCCCAAAGCCACCUUCCUGUGAGCUCAACUCCAUCACGAUGGCCCCGUCAUUCUCCAGGACACCAGCUAUUACGACAAGUAUCUGAUAGCCGUGUUCCAGGACAUAAAUCAUCAAACUUUUCAAUUUCUGAAGAAAUAUCUUUUCCUCUCCCAGGAUGGAGCAAUGAAUCAACCAGGGGCUCUAUUGGUGGUUCUUCAGAUGGUUGGUCUAUACCUGCCUUCCCUGAGCUCAUGGCUGGUUCUCAUGGAGAAAUGUGGUCUUUUGAUAGUGAGUCCACGGGCUUCAAUCGUGAGAAAACAACCAGAUCUAGUAACCGACUCUCUGUUUCUCCCUCUACUGAUAUGCAAACCUGUGGGUUUUGCUCGAAGCUUUUAACUGAGAAAUCUUCAUGGGGUACCCAGAAAAUUAUUGCUACUAAUGAUCUUGCUGUGGUUGCUGUUCUAAUUUGUGGCCAUGUGUACCAUGCUGAGUGCUUGGAGAAUAUGACACCUGAAAUCAGCAAGUACGACCCUGCUUGUCCGGUUUGUACUUUUGGGGAGAAGCAGGCCCUGAAAUUGUGUGAAAAAGCAUUAAGAGCAGAAAUGGAUUUGAAGGCUAGAAACAAGAGAUCAAAGAACCGGAUUGUGAGUAGUGAUUUUGAUGGUGAUUCUGUUGUGUUUGAUGGUCACAAAAUGAGCGGACUUGAUGAAAAAAAUCUCAAGAUGAUCUCAAGUUCCAGGAUGAAGAGCUCCUUAGGUAAGCCUUUCUUGAAGCGACACUUCUCAUUUGGGUCAAAAGGGACUCGGCCCUUGUUAGAGAAUCAGUCUGCUCGGAAGAAGGGAUUUUUCUGGUCGAAGUCCAGCAAGGAGUGAACUGCUUUAUGGCUUUUAAGAGGUUCCACGAUUGAUCCUACGGCGCAAAUCUCGUGGGCUGGUGAACUAUAAAAGAGGCAGAUCAUCUUUCUAUCUCCAUCGGGAUCUUAUUAAUAAACUUCUCUCCAUUCGUAGUCUGCAAUUUCAAGCAGGUAUAGCUUUGCUUCGGAAACUUACACUGUAAAGAAGAAGGGGGAAAAAGAACACAUAAAGGAAAUAUCAAUUUAAUAUAUAGAAAAGAACAGUAGAAGGAAAAUGGAUGAUGUGUCUAUUCAUCUUACUCUCUCUUUCUUUUUUCUUUUUUUUGUACAUUUUAAUUUGUUCUUUUGCAUGGAUGAGUUCAUGGAAAUUAUCUUGAAGAAUUUCUGUAUUGACUUAGAUAACUCGACUCUUUUCAUGAAAGUGACAUAUUGGCCACUCUGUCAAUGGUCACCUGUAGGUUGUGCUUGGAUUUUCGAUUUAAGGAUGGGAUUUGUAUUGGAAAAUGAAAAUGCAAGGGUUGUGGAUGCUUUAAAUCUA